CCAACCGACUGGGCCUCGCGCUCGCGGGAUCGAUCGAUAUCGAUACCACCAUCCUCUCCUACCGGGAAACGCCGCGAGCAGCGCCGCCGUCGCGUCGCGCCGAUCUCCACAUCACCGGCGGCGACUUGCGAGCACCGUGCCGGGCGCCUACUGCUUCCGGCGCGUACUCGACUCCUUGCGCCAAAGUCAAUCUCCCCUCGCACCGUCUUCUCGGCCUCAGACUCCCUUCUCCGACUCGCUAGUUCGCCCCGCCCCGCCGCGCCUCGCCCUCGCCUCGCCGCCUGCGCCGGUUUCCAUCCAUCCCGCGACGGACGGGAGCAUCCGUCGGGUGCCGUCGUCCUGCUGCCUCCGCCUCCGUUGGAAUGCCUGCCUGCGUGCAUAUGAUAGUCAUCGGCUCUUAUAUAUUUUUAUGUCAUCUCAAGUUCGGAAGAUGAUGAGAAACAACCAAAACACACAAGUAGAAGGAGCAAGCGCAACUAAGAAGCGGAAGACCUCAUACUCUAACUCCAACAGAGAAGAUUCGUCACCAGUUGUGGAUGGCCUCACACGCAUAUUGCGCAGAAAUCUUCUCCCCCGUGGUUAUCCUAUGCCAUCUGAGUUCACUGAUGGUAUGCACAUGGUGAAUAACUUUGAAGAAUCUUUUGGAGACUUGGAUGACUGCAAUGAAGAAUACAGCAAAGUUAAUUUAGUUGCUCUAAGAAUAUCUCAGUCCGUUGUCUCACUUGCUUCGUUUAAGGGGCGAACGAGACUGUUUGCAUGCACGGGUACAAUUAUGGAGUAUGGACCAUCUAAAAUGAGCAUUCUGACUUCCGCUAGUUUGGUUAGAUGCACUAAAGAUGAAAACAAGACAGAUGAAAAAUUAAAGAUUAAGGUGCGCCUACCCAAUGGCAAGCUUACCGAAGGAAAACUGUGGAACUAUGAUUUAUAUUAUAAUAUUGCUGUUGUCAAAAUCAAGUAUUUCCCAGAACUUAGUACAGCACAGAUACAUAAUCAAGGGCAAUCUAAUGUUAAAUUAUCUCAAAGUAAACUGGUCGCUGUUGGACGUGGCUAUGAAUCUGGAGAACUAAUGGCUACAGGUGGGACACUGCUGUACAAACCUAGCAAACUUGACUGCAAGGAACUCAUGACCUCCACUUGUAAGAUCACAAAGGCUGGGAUUGGUGGUCCCCUUGUUGGGUUUGAUGGAAACUUUGUUGGCAUGAACUUUUGUGAUAAGAAGGAAACUCCUUUCUUACCAAUCAAUAUAAUUCGGAAAUGUUUAAAGCACUUUGAUAUGUUUGGGAGAGUUGUUCAGCCAUGGCUUGGCCUGAGGAUUGGAUCACUGAAACAUGAAAAACUGGAUAUCCGUGAACAAAUACAUGGAAGCUUCUCCAACACAGGUGGCAUUUAUGUAAAAGAGGUUUUUGAUGGAUCCCCAGCAGCAGAUUCUGGAAUCAACGUUGGUGAUGUUAUUACCAAGCUUGAUGGAGUCGAUCUAUUCCAUGCACAAGAGUUCUAUGAGCUUAUUUUGGGGAAAUCAGAAGAUAUUUUGCGACGUGAUGAAGAGAUGCUUUUCAAGGUGUCUAUUCUAAGGCCAAGUAACGGUUUAACCUUCCGUGCAAUUGUCAAUGCUGAAGUGGUUGACAUGAGUAGGAAGAACAGAUGGCCUGUACCUAAGGCGGAGUGGCUAUAUCCAUGUACGGACGAUAGAUGUGAUGAAAUUGUCGCGCCUGAUCCGAUAGUUAUUCGAACCUGUGAAGAUAGCUAUUAUUUACCCGCCCUUGAUGAGUCUGAACUAAGACUAUAUUACGGUGAAGAAUGAGGUGGAGAAAUCUUGCAUUAAUCGAGAAGAAAUCUUGCAUUAAUCGAGAAGAUAUGCUGAGAUACUUAAUGGAACAUGCACCGCAAGUUUUUGUUGACAUUCAUAUUUGGCAACUGAAUAGGGCUACAGGAGUGAAAAAAAAUUGCAUGUCUACUAAUAUUAGCAAAUUGCAUCCUUUGCCAGCUGAGUAAUAUGAAUUGUGUUAAUGCGGAGUUGUUCCAGCAAGAUGUUUUGUUUGGCUUUUCUGUUUUUAACAAGUUUAUGAAAGCUUGGGUAGUAUAGCAUGAUUUAUAAAUUAUAAGCCUUGUGACUUGUGAGACGCAAGUCCUAUCGCAUACGCAAAACCCUAGCCGCCUCCGCCCGCAUGGCCGCAUCCCCUCCUCCCUCGUCUCGCCCUCUCCCUCUCUCGCCGCCGCCGCCGCCUCCGCUUCGCGCCGUCGCUAUCGUCGUCCGCAUCGCCUCGCGCCUCAGCCUCCGCCUCCGUCUUCCCCUAGCGCCGCCGCCUCCACCUCCGCCGCCGUCGACGUCGCCGUUGCCGUCUCUGAGCGCCUCCACCUCCUUCUCCCUCGCGUCGCCGUCGUCGCCGAGCGCGGACUUCGAGGCAGACGCGGAGAAAGCGACGAGGCGAACGCUCCUCUCCUCUUCCACUCUCGUCUCUCCUUUGCCUACGAGGAGCUGUGCCUCGCCGCCAUCGUCAUCGUCGUCAACCUGCCGCCGUCGUCGUCAACUGGCCGGCCUAGCCGCUCGCCGCCAUCGCAGUGGCCAGAUCUGAUGGCACGAACUCAAGGCCGCCUGAUCUGAUGGCGGUGAGCUCGUGGCUGCCGAUGGUUAGGCGGUUGGUGGAGCAACCAUUGUCCUCCCACCAACCGGCUUCACCCUUUCCGCCGCCAUCGACACCUUGUCGCUGUGUUGGACGAGGGGCUCCGCCUCUUCACGCGCAGCCAGCCGCUGCGUCCGAUAGAAUCCUCCUCACGCGCCGCGAACCAUCGAUGGACCAGCUGAAGGAGCUCGGGUGGGCCAAGCGGUGGAGCUCGCAGCCAUACGUGUCGUGCCGCACGACAUCUCUGCAAGAGCUCACCAGGCUUGGGAUAAAGCACGUGGAGAACCUGGUGAUUCCGAGUGUCAGAAAUGAUGAUUGGGGCUUUUUGGUUCCUUACUUGAUUGGAAGCAUCUCAUUGAUAGUAUUAGCUAUCGGAAGCAUUUCACCAGGUCUUCUGCAAGCAGCAAUUGGCGCAUUUUUAACUGUUUUUCCUGACUAUCAAGACAGAGUUGCUAGGCAUGAAGCUGCUCAUUUUUUGGGGAUAGUUCUCUCGUGUUGCACUCCAGGUGUUUGUAGUUUUGCCUUACGGAAGAGUAGUUUCAGUUCUGCUCCAUGGCUUGCAGUGGUUGAUUACUAGGGGUUGAUCACUAGAGGUGUGAUUCAUGCUUGUCAGUACUGGCUGUGGUCCAGUAUAUGAAUGAUUUGAAUGCUGUAAGAGGAACAAACCAGAAGAAAACAGAUCGGGGAAGCUUCUGGACCUGGCUCUUCUCGCUGUUUGGUUGUUGCAAAAAGGACCAAGAGCUGGGAUUGCCAGUAUAGCUGAAGCAUUUCAUCUGUAUGUAUGUUGUGAAUUACUCAGGUCUGCAAAGAAAGGAAACGUGGGUAAUUUGGUUCCUCUUCUUUUUUUGGCUUCCUUUUUUUUGUGUGUAUAUAUGUAAUUUUGUCAUGAACCUGUUCCCGCUGCUUCCCGAGGCGUUCAAGGGCAAUAAGCAAAUCGGAGUGAUCGGAUGGGGCUCUCAGGGGCCCGCACAAGCCGACCUGAGGGAUUCAAUAGCUCAAGUGAAGUCCGACAUUGUUGUUAAGAUGCAGCAAAGCCCACACUCAAAAGAGAGAUAGUUGGUGAUGGAUCAGGAGCUCUGAGCUUGGCGGUGGAGCGUGAUGCUUUGCUCCAGGAGGACUCCAUCGUUUUUGCGCUCAUCAAGCAGCAGCCUACACUCCCGCUGCCGAAGCUACCGGUGGCCGGUCCCUUGCGGAAAUGUUCUUUCACAUGACAACUUGUGGUUAAUCAAAGCUCUGGACAUCUACAGAAGAACAAGGAAUAUGCCACGGCAGUGAAACCAACGGGCGAACGCGUUGACCACCGAAGUCGCCACCAUGCGAUUUCCACCAAGAUCACCAUAAGCCGGUCUUCGCCCAAUAACGUUGCCAUAAAACCCCAGGCAACACCAGGAAUACAUUUGAUGAUGUGUGCUCCUUAGCACAGAAUGCUCAGCUAUCAUCUCACAUGAAACAUAUCACAGAUAUUGCCCAGACUAUACAUCCUUCAACCAGGCUUUACAUUGUCGCUAUGAACUCCACAUUCAUGAAACAAGACAGAGUUGUCAGUUCCACUCCAAGCUAUUACUCUCUUCUAGCUGCAUUGGUUAUUUUUCCAUGUCCUUACAGCUAUAUAAAACAACUCACAUAUAAUGUCUUUUAUAGUACUUUGGUAAGGAAUUUACAGGUAGAUAUAUAAAGCCGCUGAUGCAAAACAAGAAAGCCAUCGGUAUUUGUCAGUGAUAUGGGCCCGGGGGUACCCACACUAAAGGGAAAAAAGUCAUUUCCCCCAGCCACGUGGUCACGCGGCCCGAAACCCCUGGCGGGGGAGGUCGGAUGCGUGGGCAGUAGAUAGCCAAGAGGUGGCCGUGUCCGCCGAGGGGGUUCGGGGUAACCAGUUGCACCCGUUGGGCCCGGGGGGUGCGUUACCCCGAGGCCCUCGCUCGGCCGCCACGUGGCGACCGAGCGGGCGGAGGUAAGGGCGCUGCCAGGCGCAUUUAUGGGCGGCGUCCCAACCAACCCCCGUCGCUUUUAAUGCGACGGGGCAGGUCGUGCGCUGCCCAGUGAUCGACGUGCGUCAAUCACUUUGACCAGGUCGUGACUGGCUGCCAGCGGAUAGGACAGGCGUCAGCGCACCCACGACCUGCCUAUUCAGGCGGCGUGGGGGCAGGUAUGCCCUGUCCCAUCAAUGGUAGGGGAUCGACGAUUCGACCGGUGCAUCCCGCGUGCAUGAGCCUCCAAAGUCUCCAAGAAUUUAUAAGGGAAUGAUGGGGGAUGUCCCCCGUGUUAGGCGAAGGAUGGUGUUGGGCCCUACAUGAGGUUGCGCGGCCGCCUUACUUUUUGCCUAAGGCAUGAGUGGAGGCCCCACCAGGUUCGCGCGGGCCCCUCCUUGAAAAAGGGACGGGUAGAGGUGGUGCAUGUGGUAUCCCCUUGAACUAUAAAAGGAGAACCUUGCCGCCCGAGCAAGGGGACGACUUUCGGAAGCUUGACCCUUAGGAAAGAGUUAGCCAACCCUCUCCCUAGGGUUUGAGAACUCUUGUAACCUGAUAAGCAUAAAUCCUCACAGGAGUAGGGUAUUACGCUUCUAAACGGCUUGAACCUGGAUAAUCCUGAGUCUCCCUCUUGAUCAUCAUCCACCACGCUAGCGCGAUCCAUAGAGGAGACACGCUCUUGAUCAUCGCGUCCUACUCCCCCGGUCGAACUCACAAAGGGGAUCUCACGUCCCUCCGCUAGAGAGAAUUACUCCUCUACAGUAUUCAGGUCCAGACACUAUAGGGUGUUUCAACCAACAUGCUCCUAUAUAUGUCAACAGAUGGUCGUUGCAACCUAAAGAAAUGAUGGAAGGACUUUGCAGCAAACAUUGGCAUACACCUACACACAAUUUGCAGUCCCCCGAGAACAGUACUUGUGAGCUGUUAUAUUCUAUAAAGGCCCUUCAAAAAUACGUGAAAGGAGAGGGGUGUUUUUGAAAAAACGCCGCGCACUACCCCCAAGCCCCGAACCCUAGCCGCUGCCUCCGCUCACACCAUCUCUCUCUCGUCUUCCCUCUCCCUCUCGCACCGCUGCCGGCGCUGGCGCCUCCGCCUCCUCCGUGCGUCGUCGCCGAGCGCAGCCGUAUCCGGCUCCACCACCGCCGUCGCCAUACACCUCCGCGCCGUCGCGGCGAAGGUCGCCUCGCGCCGACCGCCGCCUCGCGCCGACCGCCGGCGUCCGGAUCCGGCCUCCAUGUGGUCGGGGGACGCAGAUCUGACCGCCCCCGUGCGCCGGGCAACGUCUCCGCCUCCGCUACUGCCGUCGCCAUCGCCGAGCGCCGCCACUUCCGCCUUCUCCGUCGCCGAGCGCCGCCGCUUCCGCCUUCGUCUCGCUCCACCGCUGCAGCGCCGUCGUCCGCUGCUGUCGCAAUCGCUCAGCGGUGCUGCUGCGGCCUUCGCCACCAUCACCGACUACCACUUCUUCCUCGUCCUCUAGCUGUCCUGGUAAAUCGAAGCUCCUCCCGGAUCUACAAGGCUCUGGAGCGGAGGUAGCUGCAGGCGAAGCAGGGUGUCGCAGCGACGCGACUGUUAAGCUGCGUGGCAGUGUGCUCAUGCAGCUGUUGUCCUAACGAGCGCGCGUGGUGGCACAAAAGCAACAACGGCAGCCGAAGUAGUGCAGUUCCUCGGUGGCGGCGCUAUAGCAAUCCGGAGCAGCAGAGGGGAGCUGCCCUGUAGCGAUUCAUCUGGUCCUCGGCGGCCGCCACGUCACGUUCCCCAUUUUGGCAUUGUCGAGCUACUCUUCACAGCGGCUGGCUAGCAAGAAGCAACCACAAGGGGUGUUCCGCCAGGUGCUACUUUUGUUGUUGCCGGGGUUGGAUGAGGAGGAUGGCUAGGAAGCGGGCAGGCGGCUCAUUCUGCCCGAGCUUGGAAAUUUGACGAGCUUAUUUGAUUUGAACCUGGCAAACAACAACCUUGAAGGACAAAUCCCUGAUAAUAUAAGCUCAUGCAUAAAUCUCAUUAGCUUCAAUGCUUAUGGCAAUAAAUUAAAUGGGACUGUUCCACGUUCAUUGCACAAACUUGAGAGUAUAACUUAUUUCUUCUACGAAUCUGUCAUCAAACUAUCUUAGUGGAGCCAUUCCCAUUGAACUAGCAAAAAUGAAAAACUUGGACACAUCCUGAUAUAUUUGAAGGGGCUUAUCCUGUAACAUGGUUGGUGGUUCAAUUCCCUCAGCAAUUGGGAGCUUAGAGCAUCUUCUGUGACUAAAUUUUAGCAAUAAUAAUUUGGUUGGAUACAUCUCUGCUGAGUUUGGAAACUUGAGGAGUAUCAUGGAGAUGCAGGGGCAAGAUUAUUGGCAAAAUGAGGACAUAGUUGAAGUGAUGCCAUGCUGCCGUCAGAUGUUCAACAUUUUUCAUCCCUUUGAUCCUGUAGCAUACAGGAUCGAACCACUUGUAUGUGAAGAUUACAUAAGCAAGUGCCCUGUAAUUGUACCCUACCAUAGAGGGGGAAAGAGGAUACAUGUAGGAGUGCAGGAAUUCACUAUUUCACUGAAGAUAUUGCUGCACGGUCUCAAGCUGUUGCUCGCCAGUUCAAGUCACUGAAGAAACAUAGCUGUUCACGUAGCUCUUUCUUAAUGAGUUGGGACUUUUAAUCUCCCUUUUGUGUGAGGUUAAAGCAGUAGCUGCUUUGCUAUCACUGAGCAGAAAUGACACAGACGAGGAUGUUGACAGCAAUAAUGAGAAAGAGAAGUCAUAUGGUUACAUGCUGAUGGAAAGGCUGACAGGUUCACCAGAUGGUCGGAUUGACCAUGUACUUCAGGAGAAAACAUUUCAACACCUAUACUUAUCUGCCCUUGGAUCUCAUACGUUUAUUCUUGUAGCAAUUAUUGGCGAGAUCAUGAUACUGCUCUCUUCAUUCUCAGACAUCUGUACCGUGAUAUACCUAAAGAGCCUCCAACUGAUGAUCCUGAAAGGAUGCCUAUUCGACUGUUUUAUGUGAGGGAUCCAAUUGCUGAGAGACUCCCUUGAUGUUUUCAGAUAAUUCAUUAGUUAAGGAAUUCUCAAGAAAAGUGAUGACUUAUUCAAGAAAUCAGAGAACGAUUCAAGCUGUGAAUCUUCCUGAUGGCUGCUGGAAUAGUGGAAGCUGUGGAGGGUCUACUCAGAUGUUGAUCGAAAUGGUGCUGGAUUUGGGAGCUGUUGUUCUCAAUUGCCGUGACCUAUCAGUGUCAGACCAUGGGUCUGUUGUUGCAGUCAACAUCUUCCUAGCGCUGGGGCUGAUCACUGGAGGUGUGAUUCUGCUUGUCAGUUGAGGGAAGAAUUCACACACUUGUGUUCACUGAGGACAUCUUCUCAACCUAUUGCUUCCACCGAUCAUCUUUAAUGCUAGAUAAUCAAGAACCAUGAUGCCAAUAGUCCACUACUAUGCUUUACUACUUUCAGAUUAAUGAAGAUAUCAGUUGCAGAGAGGGCUAUUGCGGUUCCUUAGCCAUGGCAAUGUUCGUGCUACCACCGUGUUUUUUUUUUUUGUUAUGCCAUUACUUGCCCUGCAAAAAGAUAUGCAAGAGUAUAAUGGAAUAGAUAUUUUUGUAUUCCGAAAGAUAUGCGAUUAGGUUUGAGGUUUUUUAUUCCUCAUCUUUCCUACGCUGUGAUUAUGUACAAGUUCAGGGAAAUGCUGACCCUAAGGUGGGAAUUGUUGAUUUGAGAUCGAUGUGAUUAUAUCUGUCAGAUCAGCUUUAUAAUAUUCUUUCAAUGGUAGGUCAUGGAUAUGGUAUGGAACUGUAAGUUUUUA